UUUUGCCUGACAGGUCUUGUGGGAAGUCGCUGCUGAAUAUGCAGGACUUAGCGGGGCCUGAUAUGCCCAGGAAAUUUCCUGUCUUUGAUGGCUUUGCCCUCUUAUGGGGCUUGCUCCUUGGAAUAUUUGUCACAAGUGCACCAGCGAUGGCUUGUCCCACAAGUUGUCACUGUAUAGAGAAGAGUGGCAUGACCGUGGUACAAUGUAUGUCUCGCAACUUGGAAAACAUCCCAUCAGAUCUUCCAAGAGAUACUGUUGUUCUUCUUUUGGCAUCCAACCACAUCACCCACAUCCCCAACCACGCCUUCAGAGAGCUGCACUACCUUCAGGAGCUGGACCUGUCUAACAAUGACAUUGAAACUGUGGACCUCGGAGCAUUUCAAGGUGUUUCCGACAGCCUCCUCAUCCUGGAUCUAUCGAACAACCGUAUCCAAAGUGUCCCCAAAGAGGCAUUCGCACGUCUACGAGCAAAAAUCAGCCUCUCGAACAACCCGUGGCACUGUGAGUGCACGCUGCAGGAGGUCCUGAGGGAGCUGCGUCUGGACCCCGAGACAGUGAACGAGGUGAUCUGCCACACAGCUGUGCAGGAGGAAUACGCAGGCAAACCGGUAAUCCAGGUGCUGGACUCAGGGAUCAACUUCUGCAACUUUCAUCACAAGACCACCGACGUAGCCAUGUUCGUCACCAUGUUCGGAUGGUUCACCAUGGUAAUUGCGUACGUCAUCUACUAUGUGAGACACAAUCAGGAGGAUGCCAGGAGGCACCUGGAGUACCUCAAGUCACUGCCCAGCAGCUCUCAGAUCAGCAAAGACUUUGACACCAUCAGCACUGUUCUCUAGCAGGGCCGUUUGCAGCUCAAGGGAUGUGGUGUGUGUGUGCGUGCGUGUCCAUAAAUAUGUGAGUAAAUGUGCGGUUAUGUACAAAAUGACAAAAACAAGACAUGCAACACAUUUACACCAGUGUUUCUGAGCACAUUGUUUGAGGUAUUUCUGUGACUAAAAUGCGUCUUUUUGAUCUUUUUCAGGCCCAGAAAUGAUACCUUUUUUAAAAAAAAAAAAAAAAAUUUCAAUACAUUUAUUCCAACUUCAUUAAAUAUGAGUAAAUCUGACUCUACAACUGGACAGGGCAACAGCGAUAGCACAAAAUAGACAAAAUACUCCUAAAACUCACGUUUCCAUGAGUGAUGAUGGAUCCAGACUGGGGAGAUAAAUGUUCUCACUCUGGUGUUGAUCCACAAUGUGAUUGAAUUUGGACUGAGAUGAAUGAGGAUGACUGUGUUCCCAGUUACUUUGUAUUGAUUGAUUUAUGUUCUUCAUGUCACACCAUCAAGGUAAGGGCCAUCUUAUGAGACUUUGGCUAACAUAUAAAAUAGGGCAAGGUGUAAAUAUUCAGUUUGCUUGACACAUGCAAAACAGCCCUGUCUCUAAUAAACCUUGAACAUGAAACUGCUGAACCAGGAAAAAAG